AUGUCUGCGAAAAAGUACCAGGUUGUGCUAGCGCGGCACUGCAUCCAUGAAGACUGGGGCUUCGUUUCUGAGGAAAGAGAUCGAGGACGCAUAGUAACUAGCGUGGUCAAGGACGGUCCAGCCGACAGGAGCGGUCUCAAACAAGGUUCGGCCAUUCUACAGUGGUCCAGGUGGCGCAUCGACUGGGGAAAGUCCGUCAGUAAAAACCUGACGAGGUUCAUGGAUAAGUACCAUACUAAUGGAUUAGUCCUCUUAUUCCAAGUGUCCCACACUUUGACUACAGUCCAGAAGUGCGAACACGAAGGAAGGAACCAGGUGCUUCGAAACAUGUACCCCGAGCUUCGUAGUGAUUGCAGUUGCUUGCGCCUUGGUAUUCUCGACUGGUAUGUGAGCACAAAGAUCCUCUUGUAUAACCACAAGCGCUCGAUGAUUCCUGCGCUGGGUGAAUGCACGCACGAGGAAAUCCUUGCUGACAUCCACAAGAGCGAUGACGACGACGAAACUACAUCGCACAAGCGCAAGCGAGUGUAG